AUGUUCUUGUGGAACUACACGAAGCCAAUUGGUGCUUCCAGGUGGCAGGCAGCAUCACUGGUGACUGCCAAUGCAUAUGGAAAGGGUACCUGGUUAGCAGGCCGUCUUCGUGAAUGGACGAGAGCUUACAUACUGGACUGGGAGGACCUUCCACUCAAUAUCUACGGUACUUGGAAUUCAUCCAUUCUUGAGGACGAGGAUUUUAAAGGAGAACUACUUCUCCAUCUGCAGGGAAUUGGAAAGUAUGUCAAAUCAAUGGAUAUCAUAGACUACGUCAAGAGACCAGAAGUACUCGCCCAGCUAAAGCUCAAAAAACCGAUCUCCCUCGCAACGGCACAGCGUUGGAUGAAACACGUCGGAUAUCGAUGGUCAAAGACACCUACAGGGCAAUUUGUUGAUGGCCACGAGCGAAGUGAUGUGGUUGCAUACAGACAGUUGGUGUUCCUACCCGUUUGGGCAGAACUGCUUUUGCGGACUCGAAUCUAUGGGACAGACUUGGAGGGGAAUGAAUAUCAGGCACUACCAAUGACCACUCGCCGUGUCGUUAUAUGGAACCACGACGAGUCAACCUACUAUGCAAAUGACCGUCGGAAGAUUCGGUGGGUGCAUAACUCGGAGACUGCCAUACCUUACGCCAAGGGUGAAGGGGCCUCGUUGAUGGUUGCUGACAUGGUCAGCCCUGACUAUGGAUGGCUACAAUCACCAGACGGCAAAGAACGAGCUCGUGUGCUGUUCAAGGCUGGCAAAGCUCGAGAUGGGUACUUCACAACCCAAAACAUUAUCAAUCAGGCAUCAAAUGCGAUGGAUAUCCUACAGCGUCACUUUCCAGAUGAAGAACACGUGAUGGUCUUCGAUAAUGCGACCACGCACCUGAAACGUGCAGAUGAUGCAUUGUCAGCUCGCAAGAUGCCCAAUAACUGGGGUGAAAGUGGGCGGCCGACGAACUGGGGAGUAGAGGUGAAUGUCGUGGAUGAGAAUGGGAAGCCAGUUCAUGAGCCCAGCGGAGAGAUAAAGAAGAAAAAGGUCAAAAUGUGCGAUGCUACAUUUGCGGACGGCUCACCACAGUCAUUGUACUACCCCGAGGGCCAUCAGCUUGCAGGUGUUUUCAAAGGGAUGGCUGUCAUACUCAAUGAACGAGGCCACGCUGAUGUCUCGAAGGUCCGAGCUGAAUGCCCAAAAUUUCAGUGCGAGAAGGGUGUUGAUUGUUGCUGUUGCCGAAGAAUGCUGUACAACGAACCUGACUUCGUAAACGUCAAGUCGUUGCUCGAGAUUGCAUGUGAAGCCAGGGGCUUUCGAGCAAUAUUCUUCCCGAAAUUCCACUGCGAAUUGAACUUCAUCGAGCAGUGCUGGGGUUAUUCGAAGCGGCUGUAUCGUGAGUUUCCCGUGUCAUCCAAAGAGGCUGAUCUCGAACGCAAUGUUCUCGCGGCGCUAGAAUCUGUUCCGCUCGAUGCUAUUCGUCGAUUUUCCACGCGGUCACUCAGAUUCAUGGAUGCGUAUCGAAGGGGUCUUGAUGGGAAGCAGGCAGUAUGGGCUUCGAGGAGAUAUCGAGGCCAUCGUGUACUUCCGGAGACCAUAAUGUCUGAACUGGAAACUGCAGGAUUAACUUGA